GCGCCCUCGAGAGUGGCGCAGCCGCACGCACACGCGAGCGCUCGCCGCCCCCCCCCAGAGAGGCGGGGUGGUGACGGGCGCCCGCGGCUGGUGCACGAGCGGGGAUGGGGCCGCCCGCCCGCCGAGCCGCGCGUGGGCAGCGCAGAGGCAGCGCGAGCAGCCACGCCACGGCGCGGUAGCAGCGCCGCGCCCGGUGCACCAGCGACGGCGGCAGCUCUGAGCCCGGCCGCAAACCGCCUCGGGGCAUACAGGCAGUGCAGCGGGCAUGCGACCGGGCAUCGCCUCCAGAGCGUGCGCCGAGACGAGCACCCAAUACCGCUCGCCGAGCCGCCGCCGCGGCAGCGGACGGCGCCGCGGCCCGGCCGGCAGCACGUCGCCAAGGGGGGGAGGCGAGCGCGCCCCACCGACGGUAAGGGGCACUGCCAGGCCCACUCGCCGGGCGCCGGGACGAGGAGAGGCGCACUGCCGUCAGCGCGGCGGAUCGCACUGCAGACCGCAACGUCGCCGUACAUAUUGGCGGCGGGCGAAGACGAGCGUCGCGUCGCGCGGAGCGAGACGGUAGCGGCGGCGGCGUGUGAGAGCGGCAGAGGCGCUGCAAGGCGUGAGCGAAGGGCUGGGAGGCUCUCGCUCCUUAGCAAGCGCCCUGCCGAGCGCUGAGCGCGACGCCCUCGUCAGCGAGGCUGGAGAGGCGACCACAGCGCAGCGCGCGUGCAAAGCGGAGCGGCGGCUGGGGCGGCCGCCUCGCAGUCGCCCUCGAGAGUGGUCUGGCGCCCGCACACGUGAGCGCGCGCCGCCCCCCUCCUCCCGGAGAGACGGGACGGCGACGGGUGCCCGCAGCCGCGGCGCACAAGCGGCGACAGUGUCGCCUGCCUGCCGAACCACGAGUAGGCAGCGCAGGGGCACCACGAGCAGCCACGCGGUGGUACCGGCGGCGCUCCCGGCGCCGCAGCGGCGGCGACAGCUCGGAGCUCAGCCGCACAUCGCCUCGGGCCCACAGGCAGUGCAGCGGGCACGCGGCCGAGCACGCCUCCAGGCACGCCUCCAGAGCGUGCGCCGAAGUGAGCACCAACGCCGCUCGCCGACCCGCCGUCGAGCGUAGCGGACUGGGCCGCGGCCCGGCCGGCAGCACGCGUCGCCAAGGGGGCGGGGCGAGCGUGCUCCACCGACGGCAGGAGAUGCUGUCAGGUCCAGUCGCCGGGCGCCGGGACGAGGGGAGCGCGCUGCCACCGAGGCGGAUCGCACUGCGGACCGCCACAUCGCUGCAGAGCAUGUCGGCGGCGGGCGAACCCCGGCGGCACGUUGCGCGGAGUGAGACGGCAGCGGCGGCGGCGUGCGAAGGCGCCGCAGAGCGGAGGGCGCCGAGCCAGCGGGGGGCUUGCGCCCAGGGCAAGUUCCUCGCCGAGCAUUGGGCGCGACGCUCUCGUCGGCGCGGCCGGGGAGGCGACCGUGGCGCAGUGCUCGCUCAAGUAGAGCGGCGGCGGUGGCGGCGGCCCCGCCGGCGCCCUCGAGAGUGGCGCAGCCGCACGCACACGCGAGCGCUCGCCGCCCCCCCCUCAAAGAGGCGGGGUGGUGACGGGCGCCCGCGGCUGGUGCACGAGCGGGGAUGGCGCCGCCCGCCCGCCGAGCCGCGCGUGGGCAGCGCAGAGGCAGCGCGAGCAGCCACGCCACGGCGCGGUAGCAGCGCCGCGCCCGGUGCACCAGCGACGGCGGCAGCUCUGAGCCCGGCCGCAAACCGUCUCGGGCAUACAGGCAGUGCAGGCAGCGCGGCGGGCAUGUGGCCGGACACGCCUCCAGAGCGCGCGCCGAAGCGAGCAUCGACACCGCUCGCCGAGCCGCCGUCGAGGCAGCGGACUGCGCCGCGGCCCGGCCGGCAGCGCGUCGCCAAGCGAGAGGCGAGCGUGCCACGCCGACGGCAAGAGGUAGCGCCGGGUCCACUCGCCGGGAGCGGGACGAGGAGGCGCUGCUGCCACCGCGGCGGAUCGCACCGCAAAACGCAGCGUCGCCGCAAGCGCGUCGGCGGCAGUGAACACGAGCGUUUCGUCGCGCAGAACGAGACGGCAGCGGUGGCGGCAUGCGAGGGCGGCGGCGGCGCCGCAAGCGGACGCGACGGGCCAGGAGGCUCUCGCUCCUCGGGCAGGCGCCUCGCUGAGCGCUGAGCACGACGCCCUCGUCGGCGAGGCUGGAGAGGCGGGACCACGGCGCGGCGCACGCUUAAAGCAGAGCGGCUGCGGGGCGGCGGCCUCGCCGUCGUCCGGCCGCACG